GGAAAGCGCGCGGCCGCGAGCCCUGGGCGCCAUUUUGGACUCCGUUUGUGGGCCGAGGCGCAGGGGCAUUAGCGGUGGCCGCAGCUUGCUGAGGAAGUCUCUGGCGGCGACCCGGGUCCCGGUACCAGAACGCGGACAGCGCGGGACUCGGAAAGAAGGCUCCUUCUUGGGCAGCCUGAGCCGCAAAGGUGGAGCCGCGUUGGCGCCCGCCGCGGGACCAGCGUCUCGGAUGCGGGCGGAGCGCGGGGGGCCGCGGCGGCGGGAGCGCGGAGCGGGGGCCUCGGGGGGCCUCAUGUGAGAGCCUGGGGACCAGCCGCCGCCGCCGUCCUCGGAGCACGGGGUGGUGUGUGGGGGAAGCCGCUCCCGGCAGCAGGAUGAAACGAGGAGGAAGAGAUAGUGACCGUAAUUCAUCAGAAGAAGAUACUGCAGAGAAAUCCAAGAAACUGAGGACUACAAAUGAGCAUUCUCAGACUUGUGAUUGGGGUAAUCUCCUUCAGGAUAUUAUUCUCCAAAUAUUUAAGUAUUUGCCUCUUCUUGACCGGGCUCAUGCUUCACAAGUUUGCCGCAACUGGAACCAGGUAUUCCACAUGCCUGACUUGUGGAGAUGUUUUGAAUUUGAACUGAAUCAACCAGCUACAUCUUAUUUGAAAGCUACACAUCCAGAGCUGAUCAAACAGAUUAUUAAAAGACAUUCAAACCAUCUACAAUAUGUGAGCUUCAAGGUGGACAGCAGCAAAGAAUCAGCUGAAGCAGCUUGUGAUAUAUUAUCACAACUUGUGAACUGCUCUUUAAAAACACUUGGACUUAUUUCAACUGCCCGACCAAGCUUUAUGGACUUACCAAAGUCUCACUUCAUCUCUGCACUGACAGUUGUGUUUGUAAACUCUAAAUCCCUGUCCUCGCUUAAGAUAGAUGAUACUCCAGUAGAUGAUCCAUCCCUCAAAGUACUAGUGGCCAACAACAGUGAUACACUUAAGUUGCUGAAAAUGAGCAGCUGUCCUCACGUCUCUCCAGCAGGUAUCCUUUGUGUGGCUGAUCAGUGUCAUGGCUUACGAGAACUAGCCCUGAACUACCACUUAUUAAGUGAUGAGUUGCUACUUGCUUUGUCUUCUGAAAAACAUGUUCGAUUAGAACAUCUGCGCAUCGAUAUAGUCAGUGAGAAUCCUGGACAGACACACUUCCAUACUAUUCAGAAGAGCAGCUGGGAUGCUUUCAUCAGACAUUCACCCAAAGUGAACUUAGUGAUGUAUUUUUUUUUAUAUGAAGAGGAAUUUGACCCAUUUUUUCGUUAUGAAAUACCUGCCACCCAUCUUUACUUUGGGAGAUCAGUAAGCAAAGAUGUGCUUGGCCGUGUGGGAAUGACUUGCCCUAGACUAGUUGAAUUAGUAGUGUGUGCUAAUGGAUUACGGCCACUUGAUGAAGAGUUGAUUCGCAUUGCAGAACGUUGCAAAAAUUUGUCAGCUAUUGGACUAGGGGAAUGUGAAGUCUCAUGUAGUGCCUUUGUUGAGUUUGUGAAGAUGUGCGGUGGCCGCCUGUCUCAAUUAUCGAUUAUGGAAGAAGUAUUAAUUCCUGACCAAAAGUAUAGUUUGGAACAGAUUCAUUGGGAAGUGUCCAAGCAUCUUGGUAGGGUGUGGUUUCCAGACAUGAUGCCCACUUGGUAAAGACUGCAUGAUAUAGGGCAUGAUGAAUAGCACCUUAACUUCAAGCAAACGUAUUAUAAUAAAAAUGUAUUUGCUAUAGUUCUUAUAUAACUCUAUUUUGUGCCACAGAAAUUUGAUAUCUUCAGUGAGUAUAUAAGGGUCGUUUAUUGGAAAACCAAUGAAUCAUUGUUGGUCAGAAAACUCCAUUUGUUUCUUUAGCCUAAUAGCAAUCAAAUCUGAAAAUAUUCUUUAAAAUGUGGUUCAGAUGUGAAAGUAAUAACCAGUUAUAAAGAUUAAAUAGUUUAUAGUCUGAAGGAAACAAAACCUCUAUAUUAUAAUACCCAAGAAGUGAAUACUAAUAGGUUUUCUGAAAUGUUCUCUAUGCAUUUUUUAAAAUGUAAACUUGACAUUUUAGGGUCUUCAGUUAUACAUACACCUGUUAUAAGGUGUUCAAUAUAGCUCAGGAAAGUGAGCAUUUUGUAAGAAAAAUGUAGGGUAUAUCGUAUCUAAUAAAAAAGAUUAGAUGAAUGUUCUCUAAUGUUACAUAGCAAUUUAAAGAAAAAGAGGUAUGCAUAAGUAAUUGGAACACUGAUAAACACAGAAAACUGAUAAGUGUCACACAGUGGUUAUUAUAGAAGGAUAAUACACAGAGCCAAGAUCAAAUUGAAAGACAAUAAAUGUAAUAGAAGGGAGGCAAUGUUUAGCUUUGUAUAAAUGUUUAGGUUUGCUCUGUAAUCUGCUAAACCAUAUUAAUUCUUUUUUUGUGAUAUGUUACUAUGUAUGUGGCACUUGAGGCAUUGUAUGUAAAGUAAGGAAUGCUUUAACAGUUCUCCUUGGUUUUGUUUGUCUUUGUUUAAACUAGUCUUGAAGUAUUAAACAGUAAUCAAAAUGAAAAGCUUAUGUAUUUAAAAAAGCCAAAUUGAAAUGAUUGAAGAUAGAGGUCUAAAAUGUUUAUAAAUUGUUUCCAUGAAAGAAUAUUAGUCUCCAGUAAAUUUUAGUGAUGGCUCAUUUUUCCAUUUUGGAAUUACAUAGUUAUGUAAGUAGAAUUUUAAGAAACCAUAAAAGGAGCCACCAGUGUACAGUUCAGCAUAAACAGUAAAUUUAAAAGAAGAUAUAUUUAAGUUCAUAAUCAAUUUUGAGUAGAUACUGCUCAGUGAACUGGAAAAUUUUAAUAAGAAAAUGUCUAUAGUUUUGUGCUUGUUAAUUUGGUUAAACUGAUAUUUAAGUUAGGUAGCAUUUUAUAUUACUUUCAUAUGAAUAAAAGUAAUCCAUACAUUGUAGAGUCUGUAAAAAUGUUAAGUUUGGGGCUACAUUUAGUUAUAUAAACUUUGAUUCUGGCCACUAGUGCUAGUAGAUAUUAUCCUCCUACAGGAAAUUAGAAGUGAUUUACCCCCAGUGGAAUACAUUAAUGCUUGAAAUGGCUCUCUUCAGUAGUAUGACUUUUAAAAAGUAUCUCAGUAGCUAUGGAAGCUAACAGUCUUACAGAUCUAAUCUAUUUUUAAAAUAGACCCUCCUAAGGAUAAAGUGAAAAAUGAUUUUAUACAUAAUUUGGUUUUCAAAAGUGAUGGUGUUCUAUCCUGCAGCCACAUAUUAAUGAGAAGAAAAAAGGCUGUUUCAGACUUAAAAAUUAAAAGCAAUUAUUGUAAUAUAUCCCCUUCUAAAUAGUAAAAAGCUUUGAUUGUACAAGAAAUACCUGUGCUAACGGAUGGAGUUUUUUUCUUGAACAACUUUGGAAAAUGGAUUUGACAGUACAUAAUCAGUUCUACUAACCAAAGCUUUAUUUGGAAAUUUACUUUUUGUACAAAUUGAAUUAUAUAAUGCUUGAAAUACUUUAAGUCACUUUAUAAGCCAAAAUGUAUAGGACUUAAUUUGUUUAUACUGUAAAGUAUAUGUUAAAUGCUUUUAUCAAUUUGAGAAUAAAAAUAGUUACUAAUGCUGUU